AUGUGUCUUGGUGCCUUUUUCCAUGGCAUCUACGCCAUUGCGCGCAAUGGCCUGUGGGAUGAUCCCGCAGAGGCAGUGACAGGCAGCAUCUACAAACGAUUUCAGAAGGUGGUGGAGAGAAGCAACCUCAAAGAGGAUGCGGCAAUCUAUCUCACCUGGCGUUUCAGCUACCUGAUCUGCCACACAGUCUUCGCAAUCAUCUGGGGAGUUGCCUCAAUUCGGAGUUGGAUUCCAGAAAGGGCAUCCUACGACCAAAUGAUUGCGCAGUUUCCUAGCACGAUCCAAGCCAGCCGUUUUGAGACAUUCGUUACCCUGGUAUCUUGGUGGGAGCCCUUUCUGAAAUACGUGUGGGCCACGUCGUUCCUUCUCGUUCUCUGCGCUGUUGUCCUCGCGUCGCCUGCACUUGCUGUUCGGCACGCCACCUUGUCACGAAGACUGGUUUGGUUUUCCUGGGUUUGGAACUUCGUGACGCCUUUCAAAAUCCUGAUGGUAUUUCCGAUCCGCUCCACCAUAGACUGGCCUGGCGUCCAGGAGGAUUUGUGUGUCACGGUCGUGUCCCGCGCGCUGCGAUCUCCUGGGAUCGACAUAAGCUCGGCCCUGGCCAGCCUUCAGGAGCAGAAUCUUCAGGGCCAGUCUGCGCUGCAAUCACUGCAGACUGCUGUGCAAGAGCAGUCUUCCCAGGAUGUGACGAUCAACGAUUUACCUGUACGGACGUGGUGUCAACAGCAGGGCUCGAACUGGCAUAACGUCUUCUGCGCCGAAGUAAUGCGUUGUGUGAUCACAGCCGACCAGCGAUGCCGAGAACAGGUUUGUGCCGGAGCUCCUGCGUCGGAGCAAAACAUGUGUCAGACGCGCUGUCUGGAGUAUGCUCCGAGCUCCCAACGGCCGGAGGCCGUAGCCUUUACCAACUCCAUGGCCACGGAGUGUGCUGAAUUUCAGAGCAACGGGUGGGGAGGCUCCACGCCGAACCGCACAACGCCGAACAGCACAACAGGCUUCCCAGACGGUUUGAAUCUUCCGAGCGAGUGUGCGGAGGUGGCGACCCAGCAGAUGCAGAUGUUCAAUAUGCUGACACAGCAGCAGCAGGAAAGCUCCGAAGAACAGUGUUCCUAUGCCACACUGGCUGUGAACAAUGUCGACUUUAUCGCUGGCAUUCUCGUGGGAGCGCAGGCUGGCAUGCUUCUCAUUCCCUCCGCACUUAGCAUCCUCGGCGGCCUCGCUGAGUCUUUGUACAAUGUCAAGGCACUCUUCCCGGGCCAUCAGGAGGUGCCCUGGAUCUUGGUGCUGACCUCUUUCCAGGCCCUGCCCAUUUACGCUGCCAUGUUGGCAGUCAUCCAACAGCUUAUGGGGAACGCCAUGCUGACGGUGAGCUGCAUCAGCUUUGUCUUAUGGAUCGUGCUUCCCGCGUUCACGGGGAUGAGGAGUCGAAAGCUGCAUGCCGGUUCGGAAGGACGGUGGAACUUCUAUCGCAAGGUAUGGGUGGAGUAUGGCUUACGAGUCCCGCUGAUCAUUGCCAUUGGACUGUCCGUGAGCAAUUUCAUGAGGGACUGGCUUGGUACAGAUUUUCUGCAAGAUCGCAACCCAUUGCCUAUUCUGAUCUUCUCGGCGCUGGAGUACUAUGCUCGCAAGACUUUGACGGCAGUAGCUGGAACUGAUGUUAUGAUUUCAACCUUCCUGCAGUCUGAAACAUGGCGUGCCGCCUUCACUGAGCAAGACAUAGCCGCCAACAAGGAUCGCAUUGACGCCCUCUGCCCCAUCUUGCUUUCAUCGUCAAAGACGCACGCAAGUCCAGCAGAUGUUGCGGAAAGCGAGACCAAGUUGCAGGAAGACGCCUCUUCGCCUCAGCAGCCACAAAACACGACGAAAGGCGACGCGCAAUCCUUGGUUGUUUCACCCCACGAGGUCCAAGAAGUGCAUGAAGUGCAUGUUUCUGACGGUGGAGAAGUUAAUGAAAGCAGCGACAUCGACAACAAGUCGUCAUCGUUGCACUAG